AUGCAAUUUAAUUCUUUUCACCCAUCACCCAUUACACGCAAAGAAAUUGAAUUGCAGGCUGUGGAGGUACCAUCAGUUAUCAUCUUGGGGAAGCCCUUUUUGGUUCGCUUGAAUUUGAUGAAUCAGACCGAUAGGAUACUUGGCCCUUUUGAAGUUUGGUUAUCAGAAAGUGAUUUAGAUGAUGCAAAGGCUGUUUUGGUUAAUGGUCUUCAGACAAUGGCGUUAGUGCAGGUGGAAUCAUUUAGCUCUUCAGAAUUCCAGCUGAACCUGAUUGCUACAAAACUUGGGGUCCAGAAAAUCACAGGCAUAACGUUGUUUGACAUGAGAGAGAAGAGAACUUACGGUUCAUUGCUGGAUUUGGAGAUAUUUGUUGCUUCGGAUUAA